UCCGCCCCGCCGGUCUGUACUUCCCCCAGCCCCGCCUCGUUCUCCAGCCCGCGGGGCUCCGGCAGCUCGUCCCGCUCUUCCCCACCCGGUGCUGUCGCGUGCUCGCCGCAGCUCCGUCCUCCGUGCCGCGCCUGCUUCUCCCACCCCGCGCGACCUCGGGCCUAAGGGAGGCGGGCGCCAUGGCGGCCGAGGCGCUGGCAGCGGAGGCCGUGGCUUCGCGCCUGGAGCGGCAGGAGGAGGACAUCCGCUGGCUGUGGGCGGAGGUCCAGCGUCUAAGGGACGAGCAGCUGAACGCGCCCGACCGGGGCCCGGACGAGGGGCCGCGCCUUACACGGGAGGUGGCGCUGCUCCGGGCCGAGAACCGCGACCUGCGCCACCACCUGUACCGCCUGCGACUGUGCCUCGCCGAGGGGCUGAGCCACCAGGCCAAGCUGCCUAGCGCGGCGCGGGCGGCGGUGGCGCAGGAGGGGGCAGGGCGCGCAGCUGCCUGCGCGCAGCCUCCUGCUGCUCAAAGCCAAGGAAAGGACAUUAAAAAGAAGGAGGAGGAAAUUGGGCCUGACAGUGAUGCAAAAGAUCAACCACACUUCAUGAAGGAAAGAUUGAAGCUUUUUGAAAUAUUGAAGGAAGACCAUCAGCCCUUAUUUGCCUUUUAUGAAAAAAAAGGAAAUACAAGCAAUGUGAUCACAGUAAGAGUGGCUGAUGGGAAAACAGUGGAAGGGGAAGUUUGGAAAACAACACCUUAUCAAGUGGCUGCUGAAAUUAGUCAAGAACUGGCUGAAAACACAGUAGUUGCCAAAGUAAAUGGUGAAUUAUGGGACUUGGACCGUCCAUUGGAAGGGGACUCCACCCUAGAGCUGCUUAUGUUCGAUAAUGAGGAAGCUCAAGCUGUGUACUGGCACUCCAGCGCUCACGUUCUUGGGGAGGCCAUGGAGCUGUACUACGGAGGCCACUUGUGCCACGGUCCACCCAUUGAAAAUGGAUUUUAUUAUGACAUGUUCAUUGAAGACAGAGCCGUGUCCAGCACAGAACUGUUGGCCCUGGAGAACCUAUGUCAGACUAUCAUCAAAGAAAAGCAACCUUUUGAAAGAUUAGAAGUCAGCAAGGAAGUCCUCCUGGACAUGUUUAAGUAUAAUAAAUUCAAAUGCCGCUUCCUGAAUGAGAAGGUUAACACUCCAACUACCACAGUUUACAGGUGUGGUCCACUAAUUGACCUUUGUAAAGGCCCCCACGUCAGACACACUGGAAAAAUUAAAACCAUAAAAAUUUUCAAGAGUUCCUCGACGUAUUGGGAGGGCAAUCCUGAAAUGGAAACAAUGCAGAGAAUCUAUGGGAUAUCCUUUCCUGAUAACAAGAUGAUGAAAACUUGGGAAAAGUUCCAAGAAGAAGCCAAGAACUGUGACCACAGGAAAAUCGGGAAGGAACAAGAGCUCUUCUUUUUCCAUGAUCUGAGUCCUGGUAGCUGCUUUUUUCUUCCAAGAGGAGCCUUCGUUUAUAAUACACUUGUGGAUUUCAUACGAGAGGAAUAUCACCAGCGUAACUUCACAGAAGUGCUCUCCCCCAACAUGUACAACAGGAAACUCUGGGAAGCCUCAGGUCACUGGCAGCAUUACAGCGAGAACAUGUUUACCUUUGACAUUGAGAAGGACACUUUUGCCCUCAAACCCAUGAACUGUCCUGGGCACUGUCUAAUGUUUGCCCAUCGUCCACGGUCUUGGAGAGAAAUGCCUAUCAGAUAUGCUGAUUUUGGAGUUCUUCACAGAAAUGAAUUGUUGGGAACUUUAAGUGACUUGACCCAAGUUAGGCGCUUCCAGCAGGACGAUGCUCACAUAUUCUGCACAGGGGAGCAGAUUGAAGAAGAAAUAAAGGGGUGUUUGCAGUUUCUGCAAUCUGUUUACUCCACGUUUGGCCUCUCCUUUAAAUUAAAUUUGUCAACCAGGCCUGAAAACUUCCUAGGGGAGAUUGAGAUAUGGGACGCCGCUGAAAAGCAACUGCAGAAUAGCUUGAUAGAAUUUGGAGAACCAUGGAAGGUGAACCCAGGAGAUGGAGCAUUUUAUGGCCCUAAAAUUGAUAUAAAAGUCAAGGAUGCUAUUGGCAGGUACCAUCAAUGUGCUACAAUUCAGCUGGACUUCCAACUGCCUAUUAGAUUUAAUCUUACAUAUGUUAGUAAGGAUGGGGAUGAUAAGAAGAGCCCUGUGAUCAUACACCAAGCCGUUUUAGGAUCGAUGGAAAGAAUAAUAGCCAUUCUCUCGGAGAACUACCGGGGAAAAUGGCCUUUUUGGCUGUCUCCUCGUCAAGUAAUGGUCAUCCCUGUGGGGCCAACCUGUGAAAAAUAUGCACUUCAGGUAUCCAAGGAAUUUUCUGAAGAAGGAUUCAUGGCCGACGUUGACUUAGAUCGUAGUUGUACACUAACUAAGAAAAUACAAAAUGCACAGCUGGCUCAGUAUAAUUUUAUUUUGGUGGUUGGAGAAAAGGAAAAGACAAAUAAUGCUGUAAGUGUUCAAACAAGAGACAACAAAAUUCAUGGAGAGAUUUCAGUAACUUGUGCCAUUGAUAAAUUGAAGAAUCUCAAGAAAUCACAUGCACUAAAUGCUGAAGAAGACUUUUGAAAUCCUUCCUUGAACUUGCUUCUGUGUAACCUUAUUUUGACUCUUGAAAAUGCAUUUUUCUUAAUGUUAAUGCUUCUGAGAACCUUGGACCCACAGAUGAGCACAUUAAGAAAGGAGACUGAAUGAAUAGCUGAUAUGAACAAAGCUUAAUUCAUUAAUGUUUCUGCAGGCAAAAAGAGAACAAGCUGGGAAUAUUUUUAAUUUCCCAAAUGCCUUGAGAGACUUAAGUAGGAAAAUGUUACUCAUUGAAAGAGGGAAAUACUAGGAAAUGAAGAUUAUGAGGUAUUGUUAAGAUGUGUGGUUUUCAAAAGAUGGUCUUCAAAUAAAAGUCUGCAAAGUUUUUUUGAAUAUGGGGGAAAAUGUUAUUUUCUAAUAACAUUAUAUUUCAGGUAUUUGCUUUACUGAGGUUUACAAUGAAACUUUAUCUCUAAAACUGGAAUCAUUAAUUUGUUUUAGCUAGCCAACACCCACAAAAGAAGAAACUAGUACAUACUGGAUUACUGACAGAGGACUCUGAACUUCAGAAAAUUUCAGUGAAGAAUCGUUUUGGGGGUUUUUUUUGCACCACAGGUUAAAUGCUGCUUUAGUGCUUCUGAUUGACAACUGAGCCAUGUUCAUCUUUAGAAAAAAUAAAUUCCUGAAUAAAAUGUA